AUGCCGAUCGCCCAACAGACGAGCUUAGGAUGGAUCCUGUCCGGGGGCUACGAUGCAGCAGCAACCGAAGGACAUCGCAGCACGUUCCAGUGCACCGCAGACCACGACCUCGCUGACAUGGUUCGACGCUUCUGGGAGCAGGAACGCGAGCCAGUGGCUGGGACACCGCUUACCGCCGAUGAAGCCAGAUGCGAGGACAUCUACGUGCGCACGGUCACACGCACGUCCAGUGGAAGAUACAUGGUGAGGCUGCCAUUUACUUCACCGCCGCCGACAUCGCUCAGCGAGACUCGUCGACCUGCUGAACGCCUACUGGAUGCCAUGGAGCGGAAAGGAGCACGAGAUCGUCGUUUCGGUGACCUCUAUCUAGACUUCAUGGAGGAAUACGAGAACCUACAACAUAUGGAGAAGCGCACACGGUCCGGAGAGUCGCUGAACGCACACCUCCUCACUGGAGCCAAUCUCUUGCCAGCACUCGCUGACGUCCUACUUCGUUGGCGUUGGCAUCGGUACGUGCUCGUCACGGACAUCGAGAAAAUGUACCGACAAAUCCUCGUGCAUCCGGAGGACUGUCGCCUGCAAACUAUCCUGUGGCGCCACAACAGCUCUGACGACGUCCACGAGUACGAGCUGAGGACCGUGACCUAUGGGCUAGCGUGUGCACCCUUCCUCGCCAUCAGGACUCUUCAUCAACUCGCAGCAGACGAAGAGGCACGAUAUCCACGCGGAGUCAAGGCACUGCGACACGACUGCUACGUCGACGACGUGGUCACCGGCGCCGAUAGCUUGGAAGAUGCUAUCGACCUUCAGCAGGAACUACGGAGUCUUUGCACGGCGGGCGGAUUUCCUUUGAGAAAGUGGGCCGCCAACGAUCCUCAGGUGCUCACAGGAAUUCCACCAGAACAUCAGCUGCAACGUGGGCCGCACUCAUGGGAAGAAGAGAGUCACGCUACCCUGGGCCUCCGAUGGCAUCCUCAAGGCGAUUGGUUCUCCUUCUCAAUUCGUCCACGUCCAGUCACUGAUCUCACAAAGCGACGAGUUCUAGCCGAAACGGCUCGGCUCUUUGAUCCGAUGGGUUGGCUCGCGCCUGUCGUCAUCAGAGCCAAAAUUCUGAUCCAGACGACGUGGCUUCAACGGCUGGAUUGGGACUCUCCGCUGCCUGAUCAGGACGCACACCGCUGGAGGCAGUUGUUGGAUCAGCUUCCUCUAUUGGAUAACAUCCGUGUAACUCGCUGGCUCAACACCGGAGACGACCAUUCGCAACUGCAGCUCCAUGGGUUUGCCGACGCUUCAGAGCGAGGAUACGCCGCCGUGGUGUACAUCCGCAACGCUGCAACAGAAAAAACGUCAAUCAACCUAUUGAUGGCAAAAUCGAAGGUCGCGCCUGUCAAGCAGGUGUCGUUACCUCGCUUGGAACUCUGUGCAGCAGCUCUACUUACCACGCUCAUGCUCCACGUGCGCGCUACUCUCGGUUUGACAACGACGCCGGUGCAUCUGUGGUCAGAUUCAAGGGUCACACUUCAUUGGAUCCGCGGACACAGCACCCGUUGGAAAACCUUCGUCGCCAACCGAGUAUCUCAGAUCCAGACCCUGCUUCCAGACGCUCAAUGGAGACACGUCGCUGGACGAGAGAAUCCUGCAGAUUGCGCAUCGCGCGGUGUUACUCCUGCUGAAUUAAUCAAUCAUGAGUUGUGGUGGACAGGACCUACCUGGCUCUCAGGAGACGAGACUGCAUGGCCGGGUUCAAACAUCGACGUCCCAGAGGAUGACCUCCCGGAGCAGCGAGCCACCAGUCUGGUAAUCAAGGCACCGGUCUCGGCAGAACCUGACCUCCUCCUCCGGUUUCCAACGCUGCACAGGCUGCUGCGGGUUACGGCAUGGUGUCGGCGAUGGCUCAAUCAGGCGAGACGUGACGCCAUACCUGGCCGUCCAUUGCAUCCGGACGAGCUGGACGUCGCCUUAUUUCGAUGGCUGCGAGUGGUGCAGGCGCUCCACUUUCCUACGGACGUAGCUGCGGCUUCUGCUGGACGCACUAGCCCACCACGAAGCCACCUAGCGAUGUUGAGUCCGGUCCUCGAUGAUCAAGGCGUGCUGCGCGUCGGAGGACGUCUCAAACAUGCUCAGCUACCACUCGACGAGAAACAUCCAAUGAUCAUCCCGGCGGCAUCAUGGUUGACUCGGCUGGUGAUCGAUUCCUGCCACCGACGGACGCUGCACGGAGGUGUGCAACUGACUCUCGGCCUGCUCCGCCUGCGCUUCUGGGUGCCUCGAGGAAGGACCACCGUCAAACAGCAGCUACACCGAUGCAUAACCUGCACUCGAUGGCGCGCCGCCACACCACAGCCUCCGAUGGGUAACCUUCCUCGGGAGCGAGUAACGCCAACUCGACCGUUCCUCAGCACCGGCUUGGACUACGCGGGACCAAUCCUCCUCCGGACCAGCAAGGGGCGUGGACACCGUGCGCACAAGGGAUUUUGGAUUAAGCAUCGCUUUCCUGGAGUGAUUGGUUGUAUAGACUGCACUCAUGUAGCAAUUGUUCCACCUCCUAAAGAAGAUGAGAAUUAUCCUGAACAUAUAUAUGUAAAUAGAAAAGGAUAUCAUUCAAUUAAUGUACAAUUGAUAUGUGAUUCUGAUCUUAGGAUUAUGAAUGUUAAUGCCCGAUAUCCAGGAAGCACGCACGAUUCGUAUAUCUGGAAUAAUAGUAAUGUUCUUCCUAUAAUGCAAGAUAUUUACAAUCGUGGACACAACUUUUUUUUACUAGGUAAUAUGUGAUUCGGUUAUGCGCUUAGACUUUGGAUGAUGACUCCAAUAAUGGACAAUAAUCUUAAUAUUGCAACAAGAAGAUACAAUGAUCGGCAAAAGAGCACUAGAUCGCUUAUUGAACGUUGCAAUGGUGUUUUAAAGAUGAGAUUUCAUUGCUUGUUAAAACAUAGAGUGCAUUACCGACCAGAUGUGUGCUCAAAAAUUAUCAAUGCUUGUACCAUAUUACAUAAUAUGUGCAUUCAUGAUAAAGUGCCUUUACCUGAUGAAGCAUUUGAAGAUGAAGUAUUGGAUUUUGGUAUGCUAAAUGUUAUGGAUGGUGUAAACGAACCCGGAAUAAAUUUAAAUAGAAAUAUUGAACUAAUAGCUGGAAGAAGAAUUCGCAAUAAUCUAAUACGACAUUACUUCUCUUGA